UAGAAUGCUACUUUUUUUGCUCUUCCGAUAAUUUGACCUGCAAUUCAGAGGAGAAGAAAAGAAAAUGGGCGUGGAAGAAGCUCUGUUUGGUGUGCCAGUGGUUGUGGGGAUUGGGGUCGUCGUCCUGACGAUCGUCGUGGGGCGGUACUUCCUGGGGGGUGGACAAAAGAAGUCCAAAGGACCCAAGAAGACCCUGAUCGACGCUGAUACUAAGAUUCCUCUCCAGCUGGUAUAUCGUGAGGAGAUCAGCCAUGACACUCGUCGCUUCCGCUUUGCUCUUCCAAGCAAGGAUCAUAUCCUGGGUCUUCCAACAGGUCAGCAUAUCUACCUGACCACCAGAAUGGAUGGUAAGCUGGUCGUCCGUCCAUACACACCGGUCACUAGUGAUGAGGAUAGGGGCUACGUUGAUCUCGUCAUCAAGGUGUACUUCAAGGACGUCCAUCCUAAGUUCCCUGACGGAGGCAAGAUGUCCCAGUAUCUGGAGAACCUUCCGAUCGAUGAUGCCAUCGAUGUCCGUGGUCCUAGUGGCCUCCUCGCCUAUGAUGGCAGAGGUAACUUCAGCAUCAAGGCUGAUAAGAAGUCAGCACCCAAGAAGAAGUUUGCCAGGAACAUUGGCAUGAUCGCUGGUGGUACAGGUAUCACUCCGAUGCUUCAGCUCGUCCGUCAAGUCUUCCGAGAUGAGGACGACACCAGUAACCUAUGGCUCCUCUUCGCUAACCAGACGGAGAAUGACAUCUUGUUGCGUGAGGAGCUUGAGGAAGUGAAGAAGGCCCAACCAGACAGGUUCCAUCUCUGGUAUACCCUGGACCGUCCUGGAGAAGGUUGGCAGUACAGCUCUGGGUUUGUGAGUGAGGAGAUGCUGAAGGAUCACAUGCCUCCACCAGGAGACGAUACCCUGGUCCUCAUGUGUGGCCCUCCACCCAUGAUUGACUUCGCUUGUAAGCCCAACCUUGAGAAGCUCGGCUACACCGAGGAAAUGCGCUUCGCAUAUUAAAGUUUCUCAUGCGUGGGUAUAUAGAGGGUAGCAUACUGAACCAACGGGUAUUACGCUCCCGUCAGUACUAGUGUCCCUUCAUGGAUAUGUCCGUACGGGAGCGGAAUACCCAUUGGCUCAGAGUUCACCAAGUUGCCUACUUCAUGAACGACUAUAUACCCAAGCUUGAGCAUCUGUAAGCCUUAUUAAGAUACAUGUAUGGUGCGAUAAACCACACUUGGGUUUUUGUGAUGGCGUAAGGUCAAUACAUGCAGUCAAGCUUGUCUAUGUAGGUUACCCAAGGGAAACGUAACAAGUGACCAUGGUAGACAGGUGGUCUUUCUAGACAGGUUCUACAACACAUUUCCUCCUUGAAGGAGGCAAUUAUAGGUGACUACUAUAGCUAGGUAGCCUUUAGGAAGAGGUGACCACUAAGACACUUUUGACUGUAUGCUUCACAUUUUUGUAUCUUACCGUAUAACGCAGAGCUACGUGAAUACUUAUAUGACCUUUUCUGCGUGCUCUUGCUAUUCAUUUAAUCUUGAUUAAAAACACAGUUGCGGUUUACCGCUCCUUAUUUGAAUGAGCCUUUAGACUGUCCAUACCCAGGGCUACCUUUGUCAAGGGUCAUGUAAGGUCAACAUGAUCGCAAAGACUUUCGAGAAAUUUCAAUGUAACUCAAGGUCAUUGUCAAUAGCGUAUCAUAUUGCCCGGAGAAGGUGUGUUUGGAUCAUAUGAAUGUGUCAAUUCAAAAGGUGACCCACUAAGCUAUUGAAGUGCCCAAGGUAGAAUUUUUGUAAAGUAUUUGCAAUCAUGCUGAUAACUUAUGGAAAUAUUGUGUUAAAGUAUGGUAUUUUUUGUCGAAAAGCCAGUUUGAGAGUUUAAGAUGAAUUUUAUAGGUAGCAUUAAUCAAAAGUCGAUUGUAUGUACCAAAAUAUGAUUUGAUACUGUUUACAAUGUUAACUUUGUGUAAGGAUAUCGAAUGUGCCUAUUAGACUAUACAGGACUUCAUAGGUGCUAAAAUACUAAAUUAAUCCACUAACAGAUUCAACUAUUUUAGAUUAUGUACUGCCAUUUAGUUAUAAAGAGAAAAAACAUUGACUUUAAUACUUAGUACUGGUACAUGCAUUGCAUUCAUAUAUGUAUGCAAGUCAAAUAGUGAAGAUUUAUCACUUUUUUUCCUCUGAAUUUUUUUUAUAGUUUUUGUUUGUGAAGGUAAAGUACAUAUUACACACAUAAUUAGGCUAUACAAUCUACAUGUAUAUUUCUCUGGUUGGCUCAAACCCUUCCCUUUUUUGUAAAUCACAUACUUUAUUCAUUGCAAAUCACAAGAGAAAGUAUGAAGAAGAGAACGUUCGAGCCUAGCCUACUGCCUCGAAUACACAGGACAGUAUGGUAACUGAAUGCAAUUUCACUUUCAAAUUUAAAUUACAUAUUUUUAAGGUUUUGCGCGUUGCUUGAUUUUUUUGCACACCAAAGAUGUUGAUUUUGUCAUAAGAAAUCUUUUGUGGAAAGGAUUUCCCCAGCUGUAGCAUAACCUAACUUGCCCUCCAAAUCAAUUCUGUGAAGAAAAAAAAGUGUGGAAUUGUAGAUAACGAAAGCUUGCUGUUCAAUAGUGUGAAAAAAUAGUCUGGCAAUUUAAGGUUGUAUUUACAAUUAUGUCAUUAAUUUUAUUGCAUUGGAAUUGGGAAGUACUGGUAGGCAUUUUUAAUUCUCAGCAGAAUUGCAAUAUUUUGUAUCUUUUUUAUGUUUUUUUAACCAAAUAUUGGUUUGUAGUAAUGGUAAAACCAUGGAUUGUUUAUCGUUCAACGAACAUUUUGUGAUCCUUAUUAAUUCAUUUAAAAUGAUCAAUAAAAUUGGUGACAAGGGAAA